GACCUCUUGAUUUGGUUUCCCGAAGAGGAGAGAGAGACGGCGGCGAAGAGGGAGAGGCGCGAUUUCUAGGGUUAGGAAUAGGGCUAAGGUUUUGGCUUUGUUCCUGCCGGCGAUGGAGAGAUCGAAGGGUCCUUACGUGGGGUGGCAGGAGGUGGUGGUAUCCAACGACAGGGGUCGCCGGGUGGUGCACUACUACCUCAAGGGCGCCGGCGGCGGGGCGGAUCUGGCGGUGGUGGGCCGCGAGAAGAGCGUGCGGCAUAUGUCCUACGCUGUUCCAAAUCAGUUCGUUAGAUUGCUCAUGGCUAGGCCUCACGUCCUGCCUUCCUCGCCCUCGUCGUCACCGCACUCGCUGCAGGCGUUGUUCUCGUUUAAGUGGCGCUCGAGGAGGGAGGUCAUCGACUGGCUCUCUUCUUUUGUUUCAGAUGCCAAUGCCACCGAGUCUCCUCUGGCAGUUGAUGGAUUUCCAGAUUGUGAAGAUUCUGAAACCGAUCUCCCAACUUCCAAGCUUCCUUCAAGAAAAACAGCACAUCCAUCUAAAGAGUUUUCAUGGCUAGGUGCCUCAUGGAUCUGCCGUAAAAGGAAAAAGCAUUAUCGAUCCUUCUGCAAGAACGGAAUCACAAUUUCAGUCCAUGAUUUUGUCAUUGUAAUGGCUGAAGAGAAGAAGAGUCUUGUUGCUUAUGUGGAAGAUUUAUAUGAGGACUUGCGAGCUAACAAUAUGGUUGUGGUACGGUGGUUUCACGAAGUUGAUGAAGUUGGUAUUGUUUUGCCUCCCGACACUAAUGACAGAGAGAUUUUCUUUUCACUUUGUCUUCAAGAUUUCAGUGUUGAGUGCAUUGAUGGAUUGGCUUCAGUUCUCAGUUCUCAGCAUUUUGAGCAGUUUCAGAAUGAGGCAAGACACACCAACUGGAGACCUUAUAUGUGCCGCAGGCAGAUUGAUAAUGAUGAUGUAAAGCCAUUUGAUAUCACCCAACUCCAAGGCUACUGGAGCCAGCAAUUACUUCGGUCCAUGUUCACAUCUCCCGUUAAGUUGAGGCUGAAGAUUACCCGUGGUGGUUCUGUUUUAUCUGCAGGAAAAAGUGAUGUUUUCCUAGGUGAUUCCAGGAGGAAUCACCAGUUGCAUGAUCGGGAUAUCCAUGUUGCAGAAACCACUAUAAUGGAUAUGCAAUCUAGAGGUUCUGCUGUUAGCAGAAAAACUGGAAAGAAUGUCACAAGCACCCUUUCUGGAUCUGCUUUGAUAAGAAAAAAGUUAUUUAAGCAAAAACUUCAGCAACAAUUAUAUCCUGGUUGCCAUGUUGAAGUGCUUUCACAGGACAGUGGAAUAAGGGGUUGCUGGUUCCAAUGUGUGAUUAUCAAAAGGCAUCAGGAUAUGGUAAAGGUCCGUUACCAAGAUAUACUAGAUCCUGAAGAUGGUGGUAAUACGGAGGAGUGGGUAUCGCUAUCCAGGGUUGCAGCACCUGAUGAGCUUGGCAUUCGCUGUGAAAGGACCAUUGUUCGUCCGCACCCUCCUCAGAGAGGCAAGACAUACAACUUUGAUGUUGGUGCUAUUGUGGAUGCAUGGUGGCAUGAUGGCUGGUGGGAAGGAAUUGUCAUUCAUAAAGAUUUUGAAGGGCAAAUGCAUGUGUACUUUCCAGGAGAAAAUCGCACCUCGGUUUUCUGUCAAGGUGAGUUGAGGCAGUCUCAUGAUUGGAUCAAUAACAAAUGGAACAGAUUAGAAGAAAGGAUGGAUAUUGCAGAUUCAUUGUUCUCAGACACGAUGAUCAAUACGAAGGAUUUAUCUGAUUCUGAACAAUUCACCAAAGAGCAAUACACUGAAGAAACUAAUGGCAGCAGCUUACCAGCUGACAUGGUACAAGAUGAGAACAUUCCAAGUGGAGAUUCAUCGAGCGAUGGGGAGGCAGGCAUACUGGACCUUACCAAAGACUCCCAUUUCAAUAAGCUCAGAUGGAAGAGAAAACGAAGAAGGGAGCAAACAGAAGAUGGUUCUUCUCACAAGAAACAACACUCUGAAGCUAGCAGCGGUGGCAGUCAAGAUGCGGCGGAGUCCAAUGCCUGUGGGGGCUUUGUGCUACCCAAGUCAUUGACUGUUGAUCACGAGAACUGCAAGAUCGGUGGUGACCCUCUGUUCAAUACGCCAAUGGCGAUCUCCAGCCUCGUGAUGUCCCAGUAAAGCCUGGUGAUUGUACAUUCCCCACGUUGGAUGUUGCUUUAUCUGAGGAUUACGGCAGCCAUGGCGGGAUGCGGUUUUCAUGCAUCCCCAUGCUCUCCUCACCCCACGGGAUGAAUAAAGCCCUCAGCCUGACACUUUCUACGUUUGUGUUUCUGUUCAAGGAUGAGGAGGAUAUGCAAGAACUGAAGCAUUGACCUCUAAUGUAUCCUAACCCAAAUUUUGCCCAUCAUUCAUUUCGAAUGACAUCCCAUCUCAAUCCCAGUCUUGCCUUUGAACACUAACCGUUGUAUUUCUUAUUUAAGUAAAAGAAAUGACUACUUUAUGUUGGUACUUUCA